AUGAAACAUCCUGAGGACGUCGACGCCAGACUGACGAGGAAUCUGCACAAUAAAAAAGGUCAAGACCCGAAGAAAUAUGGCGAGCAAGUGAAACACGUGUCCUAUCCUGACAUGGGGAAGUUUAAGUAUCAAGCCCUUGUGGAUGGCACUGUUGCGCCUUAUCGAACAGCAUUGUUGAUGCAAAUGGACUCGGUGAUUCUUAAGCAAAAGUCGAUGAAUUACGAGUGGUGGUAUAGAUAUAUGAAGCCAUGGGUGCACUUCAUUCCAAUUGAAAAAGAUCUAUCCGACCUUCGAGAGAAAAUCGAGUGGGCGAGAAACAAUUACGAUAAACCUCGCCAAAUUGCUUUUAAUGCCAAUGCUCUUGCUGCUCAAUGGAUGAAUCCAGAAUUUAUGUACCGCUACUACGCAAAGACAAUAGAGCUUUACAGUGACAAAAGUACUUCAGUGAGAAACCCUGCGACUGCCAAAAACGAUCCCGAGACGAAUAUCCCUUUAAUAGCCUGGACUCCAGGCCCUGGAGCCCUUGUUCUUUCCGACAACGGUAUCUGCUGCAUUGACGAGUUUGACAAGAUGACUGAGUCUACUCGCUCCGUCCUCCACGAAGUAAUGGAAUUCUGCACUUUAUCCGUCGCCAAAGCAGGCAUCAUUUGUCGCCUCAACGCUCGUACAUCUGUCCUCGCCGCUGCCAAUCCCGUCGAAUCAGCUUGGAACGCAAACAAAACAAUCGUGGAAGACAUCCAAUUGCCGCACACGCUCAUGUCGCGUUUCGAUCUAAUCUUUUUGGUGCUCGAUCCAAAGGACGAAGCUUACGAUCGAAAACUCGCCGCACAUUUGUUCUCACUGUAUCAUACCGACAGAAAAGAUGUGAUGAACGAUGAUCAACAACAUCUCGACCAAAAGUUGCUGAGAGACUACCUCGGUUACGCCCGAGCCAUGGUCAAACCAGUGCUGAAUGUAGAGGCAAAAACAGAGCUUGUCAAUUCUUACAUCAAAAUGCGACAAGUCGGAGCGAAUAGAAAAGCAAUUUGCGCUUACCCGCGUCAACUAGAAUCACUCAUUCGACUUUCCGAGGCCCAUGCGAAGACCACUGGAAUUUCCGCCCACGCGCGUGCCCAGCAAGAAGAGCACAAGAACGCUCAGUGUUGUGAUCGAAAGAGAGACUCGAGCGGGGUGGAAUGGGUCAAGACGCUCGCCCUCGUCCUUCUAGUCGCUCAAAAUGCCUCCCUGGUGCUCGCAAUGCGCAAAGCACGAACAGACGAGGGAGACAAGUUCUUCAAUACCGCAGCAGUGUUCUUUUGCGAAAUCUUGAAAAUCGUCGCUUCUUCUUUGAUUUCCUCGUCGGCAGCCACAAGCCCAGCCGCUGAAGAAGACAACACUCCUGCUCCUCAAGAAGAAGAGUCAAUGGACGCUGGAUUUGCUUCGGAUGCUGCGACUCUGGGCUAUGAAGAAUCAGAAGAUGAUUCACAUUCCCAAGCAGCAGAGCCAAAUCAUGAACGCGCACAACUUGCAGCAAGCCGCCAAUCUCGCACGAGCUAUUCCCCAAAGUCUCCAGCUGCCGCAACUCAGCGUCCAGCAAAUCCAACUCCUCUAGCAACAGCUCCUUCUUCAGCAAUUGGCCAACUCACAACAACAACAGUUCCGCCUUCUAUACUUCGCAAACGUGAGCUCCAAGCUGCAGGAAGACCUCGACAUGAUCCUGAAAAAAGUGCCCGACGAGUUCGUUUCCAAGAUGAAGCUCAAUCCUCGACUGCUAAGAAGCGGAAUGCUUCGACUGAUGAUCAGAGAAGACUCUUCACCUUCCCAUUCCCGCACUUUACGCUGACGACAAAAACCCUCACCGCGGCUACAUCUUCUAGAGUCGGAGCGCGCGCUGGAACUGCAAGAGGACCAGUCAAGGCGACAAAAUCUCCUGUUGAGAAAGUCCCCGAGGAAGAUGAAGAUGCUGGCCUUUCAAGUCGAGUCAAACUGACUUCUGAAGGAAAAAUCAUCGUCAAAGGAGUCAAAAAGUUCGACUUGAAGGAGCGAUGCAACGUCCUCGAGAUCGUCCUCGCAGAGAAGAUCACCUCAGCAAAGCAGACAGAGCAGCAUCUGAAAAUGCUCACAGAGGCCGUCGAGAGCAUCAAAGGCGAAAAGCAACAGGCUCAGACUCACGCCAAGGACAUGGACACAAUCGAACGAUCCAACUUGAACCGACAUUUCCUCUUCCGCUCCUGGGAUGUCGGUAAACAUCAACCAAAUCUCUACUACCAAAUCGCCGGCGAAGACCAAACGCUCCAACUCUGCGAGUUCCGGGAGUUUUUGGAGAAAUACCAGUUUUACAAAAAUUUGACGGAUGAGAAACUCAAGGAAAUGGUCCGCGUUUUUGAACCGACAGCGACGGAGAGUUAUCUUGAAGACCCAAACUUUGAAAUCGUUCUCUACGGAUUCGCCAUGUACAUUCGUUCGGCAAAAGUGAUCGACGAUUCGUCUUACGAAAAGAUGCAGGACAUGAGCCGACCGAUGACGGACUACUGGAUCGCUUCCAGUCACAAUACGUAUCUAUUGGACGACCAGCUGACAGGGCCGAGCAGCACAGAAGCGUACAAAAGUGCCCUGUUAAAAGGUUGCCGCUGCGUCGAACUUGACUGCUGGGACGGAGCUAAUGGACAGCCGAUUAUUUACCACGGUUGGACCAGGACCUCGAAAAUAAGCUUCAAGGAUGUGAUCACAACUGUCCGCCAAUACGCCUUCAAAAAAUCGGAGUAUCCAGUCUGCCUUUCGCUCGAAAACCACUGCCACAUUCCCCAGCGGCAAAAGAUGGCCAAAUACAUGGUCGAAAUCCUUGGAGACCUUCUGCUUCGAGCUCCAGUCGAUCCUGAUGAAGAUUGUCUUCCAUCUCCCGAGGCGAUGAAGGGAAAAAUCUGGAUCAAGGGAAAGAAAUUGAAGGAAGCAGCGGGAGAUUCGACGAGGAACAAGGCGGAGAAUGACGAUUUCGUCGUCGACGAUGAAGUUUCAGAAGAAGACGAGGGAGAAGAAUACGCACAAGGGAAGGAUCGAGACAGCCCAGUUGGAAAUGGAAGUGUUCCAGCAGCAGAAGAAGCUGGAAACCAAAAGAAACAGAAAAAGACCUGGUACUUCAGAAGAAAAGCCAUCCGCGUUGGGAUUUUACAAAGCUUUGGCUUUCGUAAAAACCGUAAAAAUCGGCGAAAACACUCUUCUUCCCGAAGAGUGAGCUUAAAAAGCUCCAAGAAAAAGAUCAAGCUGCAUAAAGAUCUAUCAGACUUGGUGAUCUACACUCAAUCCCGUCAUUUAAAAGACCUCGACGAUGCCCAGCAAAACUCGGACUACCGCCACAUCAGUUCCAUCGACGACAAAGUCUGCUCUUCCUAUGCAAAGAACCAAUCAAAAGUACUUCUGAACCACACUUCCCGACAGCUGAUCCGAAUUUACCCCAACAAAAAGAAAAUAGACUCUUCAAAUUACAAUCCGAUCCCUGUCUGGGUUUACGGAUGCCAAAUCGUGGCGCUGAACUACCAAACUGCCUGUGAAGAAAUGCUGAUCAACAAAGCUCGCUUCAAACAAAACCAGGGCGCCGGCUACGUCCUCAAGCCCGAGUUCUUGCGAGAAGAUGCUCUCCACAACAAUAAUUUUGACAUCAACGAUAACUCAACUUUCCCCCGCUCCCAGCCCUUUUCAUACAAAAUCAAGAUCAUCUCAGGCUGCCAGUUGCCAAAGCCGAAGCAGUCCAACAAAGGAGAGGUGGUCUAUCCUUACGUUAAAAUCCGCGUAGUUGGUCCUCCAGUCGACGACAAUCCGAAGAACUCAAGGACGACCAAAUUCAUCGACAACAACGGCUUCAGUCCUUGCUGGAAUGAAGAAUUCACCUUGACAACUUGGUUCCCCGAGCUAUCGAUGCUUGAAAUUCUGGUCUAG